GGCGGAGCCGCCGCCAUGCUGCCUGCACGGCGCCCCCUGGCGGCGCUGCCCGGCGCGGGAUUGCGGCGGCUCUCGCGAGACUUCCCCGUCCGCUCCGCCAAGAUGGCGGCGCCCAUGGAGGCGGCGGGCCCGUUCCGCACCCGGGACGUGCUGCUGCCCGGCGGCCCGGCGGACUUCGGCUCCCUCCUGCUGUCGCCGCCGGUGCUGGCGGGGCUGCAGGCGGCCGGGUUCCAUCGGCCGUCUCCGGUUCAGCUGAAGGCCAUCCCGCUGGGGCGCUGCGGGCUGGAUCUCAUCGUGCAGGCCAAGUCUGGCACCGGCAAGACGUGCGUGUUCGCCACCAUCGCGCUGGACGCGGUGCUGCUGGAGAGCCCCGCCACGCAGAUCCUGAUCCUGGCUCCCACGAGGGAGAUUGCUGUGCAGAUCCACGCCGUGAUCACAACGAUUGGCGUGAAGAUGGAAGGGCUGGAGUGCCACGUGUUCAUCGGAGGGACUCCGCUGAGCCAGGACAGGAGCAGGCUGAGGAAGUGUCACAUCGCCGUGGGCUCCCCAGGGCGGAUCAAGCAGCUGAUCGAGCUGGACUACCUGAGCACGGCCAGCGUGCGGCUGCUGGUGCUGGACGAGGCAGACAAGCUGCUGGAGGAGGGCAGCUUCCAGGAGCAGGUCAACUGGAUCUACUCCUCCCUGCCUGUCAACAAGCAGAUGCUGGCCGUCUCAGCCACCUACCCCGAGUCCUUGGCUGCUGCUCUCACCAGGUACAUGAGGGAGCCCACGUUCGUCAGGCUGAACCCCACGGACCCCAGCCUUCUUGGGCUGAAGCAGUACUACAAAAUCGUGCAUUCCCAUCCCCUCCCACAUAAAACCUUUGAGGAAAAAACCCAGCACCUGCAGGAGCUGUUCAGCAAGAUUCCUUUCAACCAAGCCUUGGUCUUCUCAAAUCUGCACAGCAGGGCUCAACAUCUGGCUGAAAUACUGACGUCCAGAGGCUUCCCUGCCGAGUGCAUCUCAGGCAACAUGAAUCAAAAUCAGCGACUCGAUGCCAUGGCUAAAUUAAAGCAAUUCCACUGCAGAGUCCUGAUCUCCACAGACUUGACAUCUCGUGGGAUUGAUGCCGAGAAGGUGAACCUGGUCAUCAACCUGGACGUGCCCCUGGACUGGGAGACCUACAUGCACCGCAUCGGCCGCGCCGGCCGCUUCGGCACCUUGGGGCUGGCUGUGACCUACUGCUGCCGUGGCGAGGAGGAGAACACCAUGAUGAAAAUUGCUCACAAGUGCAACCUGCAGCUUCUUCCUCUGCCAGAGCCAAUCCCCCCUGGAAUGAUGGAGCAGUUCGAAGGUGGGCAGGUAGAAGUUAAACCUGCAAUACCCACGGGUCCUGUGGUGAGCUGUGACACUGUGUGUCCUAAACCAGAGCAGCCGGUGCUGCAGCCUGUCCAGAAUGGCUUUCCAGACACACCUCAGCCUCCCUCCAGUCUCCCAAGGGAUAAUUCUUCUGCAGAAAGGCCAAAAAAGGCUCCGAAGCAAAAACAGAUGAAAAAGUGCACAAAUCCUGCAAAUGUAGAGAAAAAUAGAACUCCCCAAACUUCCAGGUGUCACACAGAGCAGAGGAACCAAGUGAAACCCCUCUCCAGGAUGGAUGAACAGCACAGCACUCAGGCUCCAGAUGAGGAAGCCUUAAAAGAAAAUCUUCCCAAAAUUCCAUGCUUGUCUUCUUUCAAAACCCAACUCACCAAUCCCUGGAGCUUCUCAGAUUUUGUUGAAGAUUAUGAUUAUUUCAUUAAAGAAGGGUCAGAGAGAGAGGUGGAGAUUUUAAGAAGUUACUCAGGCCCAGGAGAGCAGCGUGGGCUGCCCAGAAAUGGGGAUGUGGAGUGGGAAGAGGUGGAACACCACCUGGAGAUGGAGCACCAGCCAGAGGUGGAACACCACGUGGAGAUGGAGCACCAGCCAGAGGUGGAACACCAGCCAGAGACAGCAGCAGGCGGGGCUGUGUCUGCUGACAGUGAUGGCUCAGAGAGCUCCAGGGCUUCCUUUAACAGCAGGGCACACGCCUCGUGCUCUGAGGCCUUUUCAGACCCACAGGAGCCAGCUGCUGUGCCCCCAGCACGGCGGGGCCCCGCGGGUCUCUGUCCCACACCCGAGAGGCCUCGGGAGCUAUCCCACAGCCCAAGGCAAAAGGAAGUGAAAAAGAAAGUCCCAAAACAAAAUGCCAAACAGAAGAGAAGCCACAAGCAUCAAUUCUGCAGUCCUGCCGCGAGCAGAGCUGAGCAGGAGCGGAGCUGCAGCUCCUGGGAGGAUGCUGCCCACGAGGCCUGGGGCUCUGAGGACUUCUGGAGGUGUUACUGCCAGGCCUGGCAGAGCUACUACACAGCAGUAUGCCACUACAGCAGGAGCUACUGGCACCUGAGCUGCAGCAGUGCCUGCCACAUCAACUCAGUCUAUCUCCAGGAGCUGCUCAGGGAUGGGGAUUGAUGUCCUGCUGCUGCUUGGGACCAGGGCUGGACAGGGCCUGUGACAGCAGGCUCUCUGGAGGACACUGACAGGAGACAGAUGUUGUUUGAGAUGGAGAAAAAUGGUGUCUUUUUAUAAGCAGCUGUGUCUGGUAAAUGUUUUACACUGGUCCAGUGACGGUGUUACAAUUUGUUAAUAAAAGGAGAACAAAGA